CACAACUGACCAAGAACUGGCUUAUGUUGUUAUUUUUCCACUCAACAGCCACUAAUGCCUCACUUAGCCUAAUCUUAAAUUUGUUUUAUUAUUUCUAAAAAAAUUUGCUUGCUUUACGUGAUUAGAUAAAUAUUGGUACAAAACUAGAUUAUUGUCAAAUGAACUUGUGGAAGCUUCAAAGCUCAAAUUUUAUGUUUUAAAUGUUUCAUGUAAGAUCUUUAACAUAGUAAAAUGUAUCAGCAAAAGCUUACCAAUCUCUUGAAAUGCCAAACUUAGUUGGUAUUCUCUCCAACGACGGCGUCACGGCGGCGGCGGCGUGCCCGUCUCCAGCUGAUGGAGCUAAUAAUAUUGAACAAAUACUGAGAGUUCUUAUGGUACAAACACCUGAAAUAAUUUAUAUCUUCACGAUAAGAUUACGUAUACUCAUUCUGCGUACCUUUAGAUAGAUGCUUGACUACAAAGUCAUAAAUAAUAAAUUGAUAAAUAACAUUAUCAAAUUUUGAGCUUUUAACUUUUAACACAAUAUGCGGACAAACUUGUAGCAAAAAUUUGGCUUCAUAAGUUAGUUUCAGUUUAAACUUAACCAUCACCAUGGAACGUUGGGUAAAUCGUGUCGCAGUUGUUACCGGAGCAAGUAGUGGAAUUGGUGAAGCCAUUGCCAAAGAUUUGGUAUUGGCGGGAGUCAAAGUAGUUGCACUGGGUCGACGAUUGGAGCGUCUUGAAAAAAACCACUCAGAACUACCCGAUGAAGCUAAGAAGUUAUUCUACCCCCGCAAGUGUGAUGUUACCAACAAAGAUGAUAUUCGAGCCACAUUCGAGUGGAUAGAAGAAAAUCUUGGAGGAACUGAUAUUCUUGUGAACAAUGCUGGAUUACAUAAACCAGGCAAUAUCGUAGAAAUGGAUCUUGAUGAUAUUGAUACGGUUAUCAAUACUAAUUUAAGAGGUUUAAUUUAUUGCACUCAAGGGGCUUUCCGGAGCAUGAAAGCUCGCAACUUUGAUGGACACAUUAUCCAUAUAAAUAGUAUCAACGGACAUAAAGUCCCGGAGAUUCUUCCCGGAAUAAGCACAAAUGUCUAUACUCCAACAAAAUAUGCUGUGACUGCAACAACUGAAGUAAUGCGAAAGGAAUUCAGUAAUAUGCUGACAAAAAUUAAAGUCACAAGUAUAAGUCCUGGAUUAGUUAAAACUGAAAUAAUUCCGGAUGAAUUAUUUGAUGCAGUUGGUUGCUAUUUGAAACCAGAAGAUAUAUCACAGGCUGUGAUGUUUGCUAUUUCAACACCACCACAUGUACAAAUUCAUGAGAUGAUUGUGAAGCCAGUUGGUGAAUCGUUUUAGAUUUUCUUAUCUAUGCGUUUUGUUAAAAAAAAUGAAGAUUAAAUAAUUUCUAAGUGAAAAAAAA